CUCUGGCGGUAUCAUAACCAAAAAAAAUAAGGAAAAAACCAAAGCCACCACCGCCGGCAACAAUUUUAUCCGGCGACUCUGAAGAAACAACGAUUUCUCGUGCGAGAGAGAGAGAUAUUGUGAUUCGUCGAUCGGAAUAGAGAGAAGAAGAAGAAGAGUAAGUGCAGCGAAAUCAAUGGUGUUUCCCGGUGAGACGACGACGACGAGACCUGAGCAAAGAUCGAAGUCUCUUCACAAUUUCCCUCUCCCGAACUUAUGGGGUAACCAGAGACAUCUCAAGUGCAUGAAGAUCGACUCUAUCACCAGCAACAACGGUGGAGUCUCCGGCGGCGAUCACCGACUACGGCGCCGAUCUCCGCCUUUGAAAUACUCCGAUUCUUCCGUCUCGAUCCCGUUUCGAUUCGGGGGCUCUGAUCAGCGCCGGAGCAGAAACGCAGCGUUUAAAUCUGGGAGCGAGGAAGGGAUCGAGGAGUUCAGGGUGAAGCUUAUGUCGGAUCUGAAGACGGUGAGGGAUAAGAUCACACAAUCCAUGUAUCAAAAAGACGUAAUCGAGGAGGAGGAGGAAGAGGAAGAAGAAAUCGCCGGUUCCGGUUCCGGCUCCGGUUCAGGUUCCGGUCAAGAGAAGGAGAUAUCUCCGGUGAAGCCAUGGAAUCUAAGGAAACGAAGAGCAGCGUGUAAAGAACCGGUUUCGAACAGCUUGAAGAACCAAACCGAUAAGGGAAUCGCGAUUGAGGAGGAGAGGGUAGUGGUGAAGCCAUCGCCGUCGUUGAGAGGAGGAGGAGGCGGAGUGGUCGAAGCGGAGACGAAGAAGGUGCGUCCUAAGUUCGCUAUGAGGCUAACGAAGAAGGAGAUCGAAGAAGAUUUCAUUGGGAUUUUUGGUCAGCGACCAUCGCGUCGGCCUAAGAAACGGGCAAGAGCCGUUCAGAAAAAUCUCGAUAGUUUGUUUCCUGGGUUGUAUCUGACUGAAGUGACGCUUGAUGCAUAUAAGGUUCCAGAAGAAACGAAGAGAUGAUGAUGAUGAAGAAUUUGAGGAUUUGUAAUUCAAUUUUCCGUUGAAGUUUAUCAAUAUUUGAAUCUGGGUUAAGUUCUUGAAGCCUCCUUCGUUUUAAUCUUUGAUUUAAUUCUUCUUCUUUCUUCCCAAUUGGUUCUGAAAUAAUAAAAAAUGUACAAAAAAAAAAGAAGUUAUUGGGGAUGUUUAGGUUCUUCCGGUUGAUUAAUACAUAACAUUAAUGUUUCUUCAUUCACUACAAAGGUUUCUUCUUUCUUUCUGAACAGAUCUUUUAGCUAUAAUAAGUGUUCUUUCUCGAUC